CACGUCAUCACGCCGUUGGAGGCUAGGGGAGAGAGAGAGGGGAGCAGACGGGCGAAAUAAACACAUAAAAAGAGAAAGUUUUAAGCCAUAAAUGCGCUUUUAGCAGAAGCGGGAGGAUACCGAGCGUGCAACAUCAGCGAGUGUCGUCCUCCCAUCUCUCCCCUAGUUCUCUCCUGCACGCAGACACGGCCACCCAUUUGUGCCUCGUAUACCGUCACAUCAGCAUUUUACACUGAAGUACGCUGCGCUCAUCUACCAAAGAAAAUUCGUGACACGGAGCACCGAGAUCAGAGUGAGUAAUUAAACAGUUAAGCUACGUCAGAAAACUACACUAAACGCUGCUCCGCAUCGCCUUCUGAGCUUAAGAACCAUCCUUACCAGCAUCUCCCCAUUUCAGAAGAAAUCACAAGCCCACAUUUCAGCAAAACUGGUCCUUCCUCGCUUUCGCCAUGGCCUCCAUCACCAAAUCCUCUGACCUCGAGAUUCCAGACAACCACAAAGAAAGCUGGCUGGCGCUACUUGCUGCAGCGGAGGCCUACAGCCAGAAGUCCGGCUGUGACCUGGCCAUUCUGACCGCCAGUAAGAAGUUCUUUCCCUCUGGUGUGGAGGGAGACACGGUGAAGAAGCAUGAGGGGGACGGAGCUCUGCCCCCUGGAGGCAGAAAGUGGGAUUACUCCUAUCAUGUGUGGGGUCAGGGGGCGCUGGCUGAGUCGUCACGGCGAUACUUGGACGACAUUUCUGUGCUCCACUCCACCACGGUGCUGACGGCUCAAAGACACAUCCGGCUCAGCUCUGGAGAGGGAGGGGCUAAACUGGGUGUGGAUGUGCCCACUGAUAGGCCGACGUUGAUCGGCGACUCAGGGUCUAUAAGCCCCAGCGCGAGGCUUUACUCUCAGAAUUACCCGUCAAUCUACAGCCAGGCUGCAGGGAUCGGCCAGCCUGUGGUUCAGCAUGGAAACGGAGAGAGAGAGCGAGACAGAAUGGCUCUAGAGGAGGCGGAGAGGGCGAGAGAGAGGGCAGGCAUCGUAGACCUGGAGGAGGAUGAUGAGGAAGGAGAGGAAGAUGACAUGGAUGGACGGAGACGCAAUUUAAACGAAUCGACAGGUGUGUUCUCUAUGGAUGAGGAUUCUCUGUCUCGUGACUGUGAGCCUUUCUUCGAGUCUGAUGGAGAAGAGGAGAGCACUGAUGGCUCUCUGAGUGAGGAAGCCCCUCCGCCUCCGCGGGGGCUGGCGAUGGGUCACUCCGUGCUGUCGUCUCGCCCUCCUCACCCCAUGGCCCUGGCUCGCUCCCUGCCAGUCUCGGUGCCUGUGUGGGGCUACAGGAACAGCCGCACCCCACAGGGAGAGCCGCACAGCGGAGAACGGGUUGGCUGUGCAGAUCUGGAUCACAUAGCUGCUAGUAUGAAGGCCCUGCUGGCUCCUGCAGCCACGGACGGCACAGAGAUGUUCGGAGCUCUGCCGCGACCUCGACUCAACACGGGAGACUUCUCUCUCAAACACUGAGGGAGACCCAGCAUGUGUGCGCGCGCGUGUGUGUGUGUGGAGCGAGAGAGAAAGAAAGUUAUGUGAGAUGCGUUUGCGUGUGAAAGUGGUGCCGAAGGGUUUUCGAACGACACUGACGUGGAUGUAAAUAAGGCGCUGAACCCAAACCUCCGUUUAUUUCUUUUUUUUAUAACUCCUUUUGCCUCUCAGAGAGGAUUCGACGUUAAAAGUGGCAGAACAUUUACCUUUUUAUUCCUGUCUGCGUAGCAGGGCAGAAGGAGAAGUGAAGAUUGUUUUAUUUUAUGGUCCUCACGCCAGCAGUCUAGUGGUGGUCGUUUCACAAGGCGGGCUUUCUCAGCUGGCCAGAUAACUUUUACAAGAUUUUACAAUAUCAGUGUCCUUGAGCUCUUCUCUUAUUGGACAAGCAUGACUUUAGGCUUGAGUUAUCUGGCUGACUCAUGAAAUCUCGCUUUGUGGAGUGUUUAGAGUUUUGGGUCCAUAUUUCUCGGAGCAGCAGUGCUGUUUGAGGAUCAGCUGUUGCCUUGUACAGCCUUCUGAACGUCACCGAAUACACCCGGAGGAGCUGAUCCUGGGUCAGUACCUUUUGUUGUUUUGGUGAAUAUGGGCCCUAAUAAAGGACUUCAGCAUUUCUUCAUCACGUCACCUUAAAUAUGUGGCAGCGAAGUUAAAAUUCGUAACUGUUCUUACGCAAUUUUGUUUUGUACUUCCUAGAAUGCUUGUGCUGCUCAGCAGUAGUGUGCAGCACUCCAAAAUACUUUUUCUAACCAAAUGUACAAAGUGGAGGGAGAAAAAUAUAGUAUUAUUAAAACUAAAGAACAAAAAUGAGAGAAAAUACAGAAAUAUGCCACAGCGAAAUGAGGUAGCUAGUACAUUUUGGCGUUGUUACCGUUUCCUUUUACGUAAGUACAAUGAAUGAAGGCUCAUUGAUGACUUGGGUUAUUCGGUAACGCUUUAUUUGAAAGGCUGCCUAUAUAGGGACUACACAACACAUGCAUAAGCACUGAACAACAUGUUAAUGAAGCAGUAUUUGAGUAUUUAUGAGCAGCUUAUGCUAGAAACCGCAGGAUGACAUAAGAUGUCCUAUGAAGUAAAUGACAUUGCUUUGACCCAAGGGACCUUAAACUAAAGUGAAGGACAUUUGUUCUAUUCAUAACACUAUUAUGAAUUUCCAUAGUUUUACAUGAGUUAAAGUACAAUUAUACAUUUGUCAAUACAGUGUCAUUUACUUCAUCUUAUGGGAUCUUGUGAGUACUGGCAUAAGCUGUUCAUAAAGACUCAAAUAUUGAUUUAUUAAAUGCUUAUACAUGUGUUAUGAUGUCUUUUAUUUAAGAAGCCUUCAAAUAAAGUGUUACGGGUUAUUCUAACCGAAGUGCCAAGUAAUUUUUGACGCGUACUUAAACGAGUGCUCGACCAAUCAUGGUAGCCGUGGCUGGCUGACAGUGAGUGGAAGCUGAGAGGUAUUAUUGUUCACUUUUAUUCAUUGUUAGCAACAUUUAGCAGUUUUUGACUGAACUAUAUCUUGAAUUCGGAACCUGUUCCUGCCAGUAAAGUGGGCAUCUCAGUUCACAGCUUCAGAUACAUGAAUGAAAUAUAUCACAUCAACACAGCCGUCUUUGUUUGUGCUGAUGUAAUGUAUUUAAUUCAUUUGUACACAUUUGAAUCGAGGAAAUUCAGUACGUCACUUUUUUCAGUGCACAAGUGACCGCAGUAGCUCUCAAGACCAGUCAUGCAGACCCUGUAUAGUGCAAUUGUUUGUGUUUUCCUGCUCUGAUGUACCUGGUGUUAUUUCACAAAGCAGCCAACCUGAUCAAUUAAGUCAAAAAGUCAUGCCAAUCCAGUGAGUGAAGAGCUAAGGGUCAUUUAUACGGGACAUUCCUCACUUUGGACCAGCUUUACUGAAAAAUCCUGCUCGUCAGGUACUUAUCAAGCUGAACAUGGAGAGGAUUUUGUGGUAAAGCUGGACAGUUUGAGCCAGAAUUCAGUAGCAAAGUGAAUAGCAGUGGCCCUAAGCUCUUCUCCUAUUGGAUAAGCUUGACUUUUGGCUUAAGCUGUCUGGCUAACUGAGAAAUCUUGCGUUGUGAAACCUGUGCCAGGUGUGUUGGAGCAGGAGAACACAAAAACGUGCAGUGCACAGGUUCCUCAGGACUUCAAGCCAGUGCAGUCACAUGUGCAAUAAUGCAUUGAAUUCACUUGGUUCAGUUCUUAAUGAAUAAAACGUAUUACAUCAACACAGUUCUUGCCAAAAGUACAUAAAUCUUGAGACAAAACUGUGUUGAUGUUUUUUAUUUAUGUGGAAAUUAUGAACACAUUUUAAGGCAUUUUUCAGAGUUGCACUCUAGCACAGCAAACAUGUUGCUUCGCUUUCAGGCUUAUGCUGGUGUGAGGGCCAUAAAUACUGUGAUAAAUCGACACUAACCAAGCGAAAGCGCACCGUCUCGUCACUGAGCACCAGUCUGCCGAUGUAGCUGGGAACGUGUGGCUGCUGAGACUGUAUGAAGCUAACCGCAAACUGAGACAGACUGACACUGACCUGCGGUGAGCCUGUUCUUUUGGGCAAGAGCAUUUUGAGAAUGUUAGUAAACACUAUUAAAACUGUACACUACAUUUCUAAUAAAGGACAAGUUGCUGAUGAUGGGUAGACAUACUAUAAAUGAUUAAAGGAGUGCUCCAGUGUUUAACCUUA